UGACCUUUCCACACAAAACCCUGUCUUCUUGCUUCGCUCCACUAUCCACUCCCUCACUUUACUGUAAGAGCCACCACAAAAUCCUCCUCCGUUCGCUUCAAAUCCUCUCUUUUCCUCUGGUAAAACCAUAAAUUCCUGUGAAAACCCCCCCCUGUUGCUUCCCUCUAGUCAGUCUCUUUCAGCACGAAACCCUCUCUGCCUCUUCUUCCUAUUUCCCUUACUCAUCUCCUGCUCUCUUCUCUCACUAAUUGUCUGCAAACAAGCUGGUUGGGGAUUUUGGUUCCAAGUGCUCCAACACUAAAUACACGAACAGGGCACGAACAGUAAAGGAAAUGAGUGACGAGGAGGGUGAAUUUUUUGAAUGUCAGCAUGAUUCCUCCUUUCUAGAAAGAGUGGUACCAAUGGGCCCUUUUGGUUUCCCAAAUCUACUGUUACAGAAGCCACAAGUGGUGAACGAAUUUCAAAACCUUCUAGACAAUACCAAGGCUGAAUUGGCAAAGAAGAAUGAUGAGCUUAAUGAAUUGCGAAGUCUGCUGGAAAAUACCAAAGCUGAAUUGGUGGGGAAGAAUGAUGAGCUUAAUGAAUUGCGAAGCCUCCUAGACAGUACCAAGGUUGAAUUGGCAAAGAAGGAUGAUGAGAUGAAUGAAUUAAAGAAGCAAAAGAUUGAUCAAGAUUGGAAUCCUGAACAGUUCCGACUGUCUAUUGUUGCAAUCACAAACUCAAUGAAGAGAGUGUUUGUUGACUUUGGUCUUGAGCCACCAGAAAGUGGAGACCCAAAGUCUGUGUUGAAGUUUCUUGAGAUGCUACAUAAUUUGAUCCUUCACAAUGAAUUCAAUGCCACUUUCUUUGUAGCCGCGAAUGGGAUAUUGGCCUCGAUUACAAGUCUAUUUGAGAAACGUAGUGGCUUAAGCAUUGGCAUGGAAACAAAUAUUCGUAAUCCAGCCCGUCUUAUUGAGAGUCUAUUUACCUUAAAAGGCUUCAUGGAUUCCCACUUCUUUAUUGAUGGUAGUGUUAUUGUCGAGGAUUUCCGUCUAAUGAACAAGGACGAUCUCCCAAUUAUAUUUCGGGAUUCUACAGCAGAUGUGGCAGAGCUGAAGCAGAAGAAAAUAGGUACGAAAUCAAUGGAUAACAUCGACGAAAACUCCAUCUUCUACGGGUAUUUCAACAUUCCAAUGGUGGGGAUGUUCAAGGGUAUUUUGACGAGAGUUCAUGUGAACUUGCCAGAUGAGAUCAUGGUGAAACUUCAAGUAGGCAAACAUAACCUUAAUGAUAAGAGGUUUUGGUUUGUCAAGGCCAACGGUGCAAGUAUAUUUCAAAUAGAGCUUUUGCGUCCUGAAGAUAUCAAAUUCACCCCUUCUCGGGUCUUAGGUGACCGGACCGACUAUGUGGGGUUUUUCCGUAGGAUGAAUAGAAUCUUUGUUAAUGAGAAGGGGACAUAUCUCAAAUUUGACUUUAUUGCUGGCAAGUAUUCAGGACCAGGAGCUCCUUCUGAUAAUACUGUUCUUUAUCAUAUUAAGGAAGGUGUAUUGUUUUGUCCUUUUAAGAUGGUGCAAUUUGAUGUGAAUACACCUACAACAGAUAUUGUGCAACGAGAAGUUUAUUUACCUGUGUCAACCGCAAAACAAUUUGGGGAGAAUGAUUCCUCUUUUAUUGUGGAGGCAGCUUUGGGCCGCGAUUGUGCUUUCACAUUCAAUGACUUCUGUUUUGUGGGAAAAAUAACAAAAACCUCCGGCACUUUCCGUAUGAAUGCUCUUGUCAACUUGUUUUUUGAACAAAGCCAACACAGGGAGAACUGCUAUGUUGAUGCUUUAGCAACAACUUUCUUUGUUUUGAAAACAGAGAAAGUAAGAUCGCGUGUUCACGAUGAUAAUCAGAAGUCUCCAAAGUUUGUUUAAAAGGACCUAUGGUUUAUUUUAUACUUUUGUUUUAGUUUGUUAUAUGGUAAAUAUAUAUGCCUGAACUGUAAUGAUUUCGUACUAGUUUUUGUACAUACAACACAUGCUAUUAUAUAGCAGUAUUAUGGAAAAUGAUACAUAUAGUAUUAUAUUGCCA